AUGGUGGCUGAAGCAGAGGUGGUGUGUCAACAAAGCGUGGGGGUGUUGGAUGUGAAGUAUUUUCCGAAUAAAGGAAGCAAUAUUCAUGAGAUCGGUGAUGCUGAUGCUAUCUUGCCUUCGAAUUUUGAUCGAGUUCGUGCUUCUGAAUCAGUUUCCGCUGAGUUACUUACUACAAAAGAAGAUGUUAAGACUGCAGAUAUAAUCUCAGAAGCUGCAGUUCUGCAAUUUGUCCCCUGCAUCCGUUCCGGUAGUUUUUCCGAUAUUGGGCCACGAAGAUACAUGGAAGAUGAACAUAUAAGGAUAGAUGAUUUGACUUCUCAUCUAGGAUCACUAUAUAAGUUUCCUAAACCAAGUGCCUUUUACGGGGUGUUUGAUGGCCAUGGAGGACCUGAAGCAGCAGCUUAUAUAAGAAAAAAUGUUAUAAAAUUCUUCUUUGAGGAUGUCAAUUUCCCUCAGACAUCUGAAGUUGAUAACAUGUUUUUACAAGAGGUUGAGAAUUCCCUCAGAAAGGCUUUUCUUUUGGCGGACUCGGCUAUGGCUGAUGAUUGCAGUGUGAACACUUCUUCAGGGACCACAGCUCUUACUGCUAUGAUAUUUGGAAGACUUCUAAUGGUGGCCAAUGCUGGUGACUGUCGAGCAGUUCUCAGUCGUAAAGGAGAGGCCAUUGAUAUGUCUCAAGAUCACCGGCCUAUUUAUCCAUUAGAGCGGAGACGAGUUGAAGAACUGGGCGGCUAUGUAGAAGAUGGUUACCUAAAUGGCGUUUUAUCAGUUACCAGAGCAUUAGGGGACUGGGACAUGAAGUUACCUAGGGGUGCUCCCUCGCCUUUGAUUGCAGAACCCGAGUUCCGUCAAAUGGUUCUCACAGAUGACGACGAAUUCCUCAUCAUAGGAUGUGAUGGCAUCUGGGAUGUGAUGUCAAGCCAGCACGCAGUUAGCCUUGUACGUAAAGGUUUGAGGAGGCAUGAUGACCCAGAUAAGUGCGCAAGGGAUCUAGUUAUGGAGGCAUUACGUCUCAAUACAUUCGACAAUCUUACGGUGAUCAUUAUAUGUCUCUCUUCCAUUGACCAUGGGGAGUCAGAGCCAUCCCCACCUCCCCAACGGAAACUGAGAUGCUGCAGCCUCUCUGCAGAGGCUCUUUGUAGCUUGAGAAAUUUGUUGGAAGGAAGUGCUAACAACUGA